AGGCACAGUGGCUUCGUUUUUCGUGACAUUUUGGGCUCAGGUUGCGCGAUGAUUAGUAUGAUAAAAGUUUGUUAUGUCAACAACGUCAACAAAAAAUAAUAAAGAAAACAGAAGAAUUUUUCAAUAUUUUUCGACUAAAUUAUUGCUGCAAGCCAGUGGACAGCGUUAAAUACGAAAUAAAACUGACUGAAAAGCAACAUAGUCAAUUUCAAUUGCAGUGAUUUUUACGAAAUAAAAGCAGUGAAGUGUUCAAUGAUGGAAUAAGUAAUUUUCCGGAUGCAGUAACAGCACUUUCAAUUAACUUAAUAUUAGCCGAGACAAACACAAAACAAUUUUAAUAAAAUGCCGAGAGAUGAUGGAACCAAUCCCAUACUCGGUGAUACUGACGAUCCCAGCAAUGACAAUGAAUUGGAUGUACAAACUGACUGCUGCAGCAAAUUCGCAUGUUGCGACCCAAAAUCAACAUUCCAUCGAUUUUUGGCGUUGAUGCUGAUGUGCUUGAUAGGAUUCGGAUCAUACUUUUGCUAUGACAACCCUGGCGCACUUCAAGAUAAUUUCAAAAAAGACUUGGGCCUGACCACCACACAGUUCGUAUGGCUGUAUUCGAUUUAUUCGUGGCCCAAUGUCGUACUUUGUUUUAUUGGAGGAUUUUUGAUCGACAGAGUAUUUGGCAUCCGAAUGGGCACCAUUAUCUACCUCUUCAUACUAAUGAUUGGACAAUUGAUAUUCGCAAUGGGUGGAAUGAUGGAUAUUUUUUGGCUGAUGAUUGUGGGCCGUUUCGUUUUCGGAAUCGGUGCCGAAUCGCUUGCUGUUGCCCAAAACAACUAUGCCGUUUUGUGGUUUAAAGGAAAAGAACUGAACAUGGUGUUCGGCUUACAAUUGUCGUUUGCUCGGGUCGGAAGCACUGUCAAUUUUAUGAUAAUGGAACCACUGUAUAAAUACGUCAGUCAAUUUUACAAAGGACACAUGUGCACCGGCGUCGUUUUACUGCUCGCAUCGAUUACAUGUUUAAUGUCAUUUAUUUGUGCGCUACUACUCGGCUGGAUGGAUAAGCGCGCCGAACGAAUUCUGCGAAGAAAUGAUAAUCCCAGCGGAGAAAUUGCCAAAUUGACUGAUGUUAAGACAUUCAAAGUUACAUUCUGGAUGGUGUCAGUGAUUUGUGUGGCUUAUUACGUAGCAAUUUUUCCAUUUAUUGCCCUGGGAAAAGUGUUUUUCAUGCGAAAAUACGACUUUUCCGCAGAGGAUGCAAAUACGGUCAAUUCGAUAAUUUACAUUAUAUCAGCUGUGGCUAGCCCUGUCUUCGGAUUAGUUAUCGAUAAAACGGGCAGAAAUGUUAUGUGGGUAUUCCUGUCAGUAUCGGUUACCAUCGGUGCCCAUUCUCUGUUGGCAUUCACCUUUGCGAAUCCCUAUUUUGGAAUGGUGAUCAUGGGGCUGGCAUACUCUAUGUUGGCUAGCAGCCUAUGGCCACUGGUCGCUUUAAUUAUACCCGAAUAUCAACUGGGAACCGCUUAUGGAAUAUGUCAAGCGGUUCAAAAUCUCGGAUUGGCUGUUAUAUCGAUGAUAUCUGGCAUGAUUGUUGAUAACGGUGGUUACUUUAUGCUUGAAAUAUUCUUCAUCGGAUGGCUCAGCAUUGCAUUAAUUGCGACAGUCGUCAUUUGGUUGUAUGAUACCAAUACAAAUGGAAAUUUGAAUAUGACACCGCGUGAACGGGAACGACACACAAAUGAAAUCACAUCAAAUGCUAGCGCUAAAAUGUUAGGCAGUUCUUCUGUCGAGGAAAUAUCACCAGAAGAUGUACUCAAUCAAUCGACACCAUCCAUGCGAAAUCGAUACAUUAGACGGACUGGAGUUGAAGCUGGCACUGCGAGCGACUGUGAACCGUUGCUGGACGAGUAAUCAGUUCAAUGUGUAACGUAAUGCUUAUAUAUUUGUGAAUUUUACUAAUAGACCUAUAUAUAUUGUGUGUGUUGCCUCUAGAAUCAUGCAUAAAUUUGUUGCCAAAAGAAAGUGAGCGGAAGGGAGAGGACCUUUCACUAGUUUGUUUUAGUGAGGGAUUUUCGAUUCGUUUUGAAUUUUUAGUAAUUUUGAUUUAUGUUCUGAGAGUUUAUUGGAUGUAAAGGAUGUAAAGGAUGUUAUGAUUUUUUAUAAUUAUUUUGUUUGAUUCAAAGAAAUUGUAAAUGGAUUAUUUCGAAAAGGAUGCAAUGAUCAGGCUCGAAAUAUUUGAAGUAUUUUCCCAAUUGUUUUUUUUUAGAAUGUUAUGACUACGCUAGCCGCCUGUCGUGUAUUAUGAAAUUAAAAUUAAAAGAGAACAA